CUGUGCCUACCGAGGCCGGGCCGGCGCGCUUCGGCUGACCAAGGGAGGGCGCUCAGUUCGCGCCCACCCAACCCGGCCUCAGGGGAGACGACUGCCGGUUCCGCCCCCCGACCGACUCCUGCACCUGACAGCGAGAGCCCGCCUGGACCCUCUCAUCUUCGGCAACCGACGCGCGUCUAAACCGCUCGGCUUAGCUCUGAGAGCAGCGGCCCCGGGGCUCGGACUUUGAACCGGUUUGAGGAGGGGGCCCCGGGACCUGUGAAACGGGCACACCAAGGAUGGAGCGGGGAGGCUCCGGGAGGCCCGGUAGCCCUCCACGCGCAGCCAGCGGGCAAACAGCAUGCGGACAGCGUGCAGAUCGCGGACACCGUCCUCGCUAGUGUCCCGCGGGUCCCGCCCCUUCUGGCCCCGCCCCGAGGCGGUGAUACCAUCGCCCCGCCCCCCCCGGGAGCACUUCCGGCUCAGCGGAACGCGGGGUGCGGGCUGAGGUUGCCCACGGACCUGCCCGGUAAAGGUGUUGCACAAGGCCCCAUGAGCGCUGGACCCCUAGUGGGCUACAGCAGCAGCGGCUCCGAAGAUGAGGACGAGGCUGAGGCUGAGAUCGAGGCCGCGACCCAGGGGCGGACCUGGCCCGGGGCUGGGGGCUGUCGUCGUGGCCAGAGUCCUGAUCCUAGCCAGAGGUUUCCAGUGCCCGACAGUGUACUGAACAUGUUCCCCAGCACAGAGGAGAGGCCUGAGGAUGACAGUGCAAAACAUGGGGGACGUGUGCGCACCUUUCCUCAUGAGCGAGGCAACUGGGCCACCCAUGUGUACCUACCAUAUGAAGCCAGGGAGGAGUUCCUGGAGCUGCUUGAUCUGUUGCUACCCCACGCCCAGACUUACGUGCCCCGGCUGGUGAGGAUGGAGGCCUUCCACCUCAGCCUGUCUCAGAGCGUGGUUCUGCGUCACCACUGGAUCCUCCCCUUCGUGCAGGCUCUGAAAGACCGCAUGGCCUCUUUCCAGAGAUUCUUCUUUACGGCCAACCGUGUAAAGAUUUAUACCAAUCAAGAGAAGACCAGGACCUUUGUUGGGCUUGAGGUCACUUCAGGGCAUGCCGAGUGCCUGGACCUGGUUUCAGAGGUUGACAGAGUCAUGGAGGAAUUCGACCUCACCACUUUCUAUCCGGACCCUUCAUUCCACAUCAGUCUGGCCUGGUGUGUGGGUGAUGCUCGUCCCCAGCUAGAAGGACAGUGCCUGCAGGAACUACAGGAAUUCACGAGGCUGCUUUUGUUUGCCAUGUCCUCUGGGUCCGGGAUUUCCCUUAAUGUGACCGUGCUGUCCCGCUGCUGGCUGAAGGAAAUCUUGGAUGAGUUUGAGGAUUCUGAGAUGCUGCUCCGCGUGCUCACCGAGCAGGUGCGCUGCAAGUCUGGGAACAAGUUCUUCUCCAUGCCUUUGAAGUGAGCACAGAAGCCUUACUUGUCCAGGCCCCUCUGCAGGCCAGGCCAUGAAGAGGAUAGUCCAUGGGAACACUCCCAACCUCCCUCUAAGAGGCCCAGUCAUGCCUCGGACUGAGUGGUGUUGCCAUCCUGGAUUGUCCUGGGGGCUGCUUCUCCUGGUCCUCUGGGGUUUCAGGUUGGAUGCAGCUGUAUUGUGGUCAUUCCCAGGAGUCACCAGUAGAGGGCAGCCUGGGUUUCCUAAUUCUUACACUGUGGCUAUGCAGAAAAGAAAAAUGAGGGCUGCCAGGGGAGCCCACCCACACUCAGCCAGAAUCCCCACCAUAGUCCCCCUAAUGAACAGCCCCCUCCCUGCCACUCCCCCUUCUGUGUUUAGUAUUUUGAUGCCCUUGGCCUCAUACCAGGUUUUUUUAAAUCAUCAUGCCCUGCCUUAUCCCUGUCAAGCAAGGACAUAGGGUUUUCCGAGAGUCUGUCACCCUCCUUCCUUGAAGUAUGUCACUUUUAUUUAUUUUCUGUUAAUCCCAGCCCCUCCUGUGCCAACAGAGACCAUUUCGGGGCCAAGGUACAGGGUGGUAAUUUGUGGUUCAGCAUCAGUUUUCUCCAUUCUUUCCUCCCACUCACCCCCAGCCAGGUGCCUGGGGAGACUUGAGCAGAUGUUUCAUUUUGGCCUAGCCGUGGCUGAAAGCCCGGCCUCCAGCACUCUGUGACCUCUGGCUUCCCCACAAACUUUCCCAACUUCCCCGGUCAGUGCCUGGGCAUUCUGUAGGGAACCUGGAGGGAGGACCAGGGAUACACAGGACCUUUAUUUUUUCCAUCCCUCACCAAGGUGAAGGGCCAGCUCUCUCCAGUUAUUAUCUGGGUUUCUGGUAAUAGAUGAAGAAAUGUUUUUGUUAUAGUUUCAAAUUAUGUUCAACAAAUAAAAAUUGCAUUUUUAAAAA